UCUUAUGCUAGUUGGAAAAUCCCCAUCCUGAACAACGCCCCGGACGGAAAGCUGAACACCAAGUGGGAGGUCAAUCGCCUGAAGUAAGAGGAGAUGUGCCAGCUGGUGAAGAGGUGGGUUGAGCAUGCAGUGCUCAACCUGGGUGUUCCCUAUGCAGGGAACACCAACACCUUCAACUUCCCGUACUCGACCUACAUCGACGCAUCCGAUUUUGGGCCCCUUGUUGCCCGCGUUCAGGCUGGAGGGCAACACGUGCAAGCCCCUGCGCAGGCCCCCGCGCAAGCUCCUGUGCAGGCCCCCCUGCCGCGACUCCCGGGUAACUAGUGCGUUAUGCUGGGGGUGAUGAGAGUUGGGGAUGCGUGUGAGGGCUUCUGUAGCAUGGAAGCAGUGGGGAUAUCUGGUGGGGGUAUGGGCUGAUAGCGCACCAUGUGCAGCAAGUGGGAGGGAGUAGCACCAGGUUGGAGAUGGGUUGGCAUUAAUGAAGACACUAGAAAGAGGGUUUUGGGCAGAGGGCAGUGGGGGGAGCGUGGUUAGGAGCAAACAGAGGACGCUGAAGAGAACAGAGGGGAGUGGGUGCACGGGCAUUGAACAGAGAGGGUGGUGUUGCGAUUGUCGAGAGGGCAGGAAGGAGGCCUUGAAUCGGGCAGCUAUUGGUAGUGUGAAUGUGGCAACUGCAGGAGCAGUGGGUUGUUUUGAUGGGUGUGGCAGGAGGGUGACUGUACUGAGUGCAUGAGCAAUGGGCAUUGCUGAGGGAAACUAGCAGCAGAGAGACUGCAGUGAGCACUGAUGGUGUGAGUACAGAAUUGAAGACUCAUGCUGUCGGUGCAGAAGUUUACAGCCUUCGUGUAAAGAGAAUCAGUCGUGUGAGGGGAGAAUGCAAGGAAUCGAGGGUACUGAUGGGAGGGGCAGCAGUGGUUAGUGCGGUGGCUGCAGGCGCUUUUGUUAGUUGCGAUGGGAGUGGGGAGGAGCGCUGGGUUUUGCGGGGAGGAGCAGCAGAAGUGUGAUUGGAGUGGGUAGGACACUUGGGCUUGUUGGGAGGAGCGGCAGCAGAGGGUGGAGAACGCUGAGUGGAAUGGGUCUGGAUGAGAGGAGCGGCAGCAGUGAGUGGAGAAUGGAUGGGAGGAGUGGCAGCAAUAGGAGUGGAGAUUGGAUGGUAUGAGCGGCAGCAGUAGCAGUGGAGAGUGGAAGGGAGGAGUGGCAGCAGUAGGAGUGGAGAGUGGAAGGGAGGAGCGACAACAGUAUGCAUGGUGAACGGAUGGGAGGAAGGGCAGCAGUAGAAGUGGAGAGUGGAAGGGGGAGAGGAAGCAGUAGGAGUAGAGAAGGGAUGGUAGGAGCUGCAGCAGUGGGAGUGGAGAGUGGAAGGGGGGAGUGGCAGCAGUAGAAGUAGAGAAUGGAUGGGAAGAGCAGCAGCAGUAUGCAUGGUAAAUGGAUGGGAGGAGCGACAGCAGUAGGAGUGGAGAAUGGAUGGGAGGAGCGGCAGCAGUAGAAGUGGAGAGUGGAAGAGAGGAGUGGCAGCAGUAGGAGUAUAGAAUGGAGGGGAGGAGCGGCAGCAGUAGGCAUGGUGAACGGAUGGGAGGAGCGGCAGCAGUAGAAGUGGAGAGUGGAAGGGAGGAGAGGCAGCAGUAGGAGUGGAGAGUGGAAGGGAGGAGUGGCAGCAGUUGGAGUGGAGAGUGGAAGGGAGGAGCGGCAGCAGUAGGAGAUGUAGAAUGGGAGGACCUGUAGCAGUAGGAGUGGAGAAUGGAUGGGAGGGGCGGCAGCAGUAGAAGUGGAGAAUGGAUGGGAUGAGUGGCAGCAGUAGGAGUGGAGAAUGGAUGGGAGGAGCGACAGCAGUAGGAGUGGAGAACGGAUGGUAGGAGGGCAGCAGUAAGUGUGGAGAAUGGAUGGGAGGAGCGGCAGCAGUAUGCAUGGUGAAUGGAUGGGAGGAGCAGCAGCAGUAGGAGUGUGGAAUGGAUGGGAGGAGCUGUAGUAGUAGGAGUGGAGAAUGGAUGGGAGUGGCAGCAGUAGGAGUGGAGAAUGGAUGGGAGCGGCAGCAGUAGGAGUGGAGAAUGGAUGGGAGGAGCGGCAGCAUUAGAAAUGGAGAAUGGAUGGGUGGAGUGGCAGCAGUAUGCAUGGUGAAUGGAUGGGAGGAGCGGCAGCAGUAGGAGUGGAGAGUGGAUGGGAGGAGAGACAACAGUAGGAGUAGGGAUGGGUGGAGCGGCAGGAAUAGGAGUGGAGAACGGAUGGUAGGAGCGACAGCAGUAGGAGUGGAGAGUAGAAGGGAAGAGCGGCGGCAGUAGGAUAGGAGAAUAGAUGGGAGGAGCUGCAGGAGUAGAAGUGGCGAAAGGAUGGGAGGAGCGGCAGCAGCAGAAGUGGAGAAUGGAUGGAAGCAGUGAGGAGAAUGGAUGGGAGGGUUCAGGAGGUGGUAGAAGACACCACUGUAGCAGUGUGACAGCAGUGUAGUGUGGAUUGACCUAUCGGGAGAUCAGAGUGUAGGCAGGGUGAUCGUUCGUAGUUGUAUUUAUUAUAUAACAUUUAAUAUAAUCAUGCCAUUCCC